CCUUCAUGAACCUAUUCGAUGUGAGUGCGUUCCAUUUACUCUACGGUGCCAUUUCAGUGUAACUCCAUGAUGGCAGCUCUGUUGACAACACAUGUGCAGCAGUUGUCUGACAAUGCACAGCCGCAGUUUGAGGAUAACAAUGACCAGAGUGAUUCUGAAGGAGAGAGCAACGAUGAAAGGUCAGAUGGAGCGAGUGAUGGAGGAGAAGAUGACAGAGAUGGUGAAGGAGGGAGUAAUAGGGAAGAGGCAGAAAAUGGAGAAGAUAAAGAGGCAGAUGAAGGUAACGCCAAUGCUGGGUGGGCAGAGGCCAUGGCAAAGAUCCUGGGAAAGAAAACCCCAGAGAGCAAAACCAGCAUCCUGGUAAAGAACAAAGAGCUGGACAAGAUGAAGGUAAAAGAAAGAAAGGAGCAGCUGGAGAGAAAGAAGCAGGUUGACAAGAAGCGAGCGUGGGAGAUGAUGUGCAGAGAGAAACCUGACAUAGUGAAGGACCGUGAGACUGAACGAGCGCUUCAGAGAAUUGCUACCAGAGGGGUGGUGCAGCUGUUCAAUGCUGUGAGGAAACACCAGAAAACGGUAAAUAACAAGGUGAAGGAAUUUGGUGGCUCAGAGAGGAAGAAAGCCAAAUUUCUUUCAUCUGUCACUAAGAAAGACUUCAUCGAUGUGCUACGAAGGACAGAGGAAGGCAGCAGAGUGACCGGCCAGACUGAAAAGGACGCUGCUGCUGCAGCAGAGGAGAAGCCUGCCUGGAGCGUUCUCACAGACGACUUUAUGAUGGGAGCCACCAUGAAAGACUGGGACAAAGACAGUGACAAAGAGGAGGCCGAUACACACUCAGGAGGGGGGGUGGAAAGUGACUCAGACUGAUACAAUCCA